AUGAGGGAGAAAACCAUGGAGUCCUCGGAGACGACGCCUCUGUUGGCUGUAUAUGUUGCACCGCAGCGGUACCGCUACCCUCACCAUGCGAUCCGUCGCACUUGCACACUCCUGCUCGCCGCGCUGCUGCUGGUCGCGGGGACGCUGUUCUUGAUCCCGUCUGCAAUCCUGCCACGGGAUGGUGGUUCUAUUUGGUCUUAUCUCCCAUGGGCUCACCCCCUUCCAUACGAGUCGUGGCCGCACGGCAACGGACUCACUUACGACCAACUGCAGGAAAUCCUCCUUGAAACUCCGUCGGCAGCUAAGGCGCGGGAGUGGAGCUCAUACUAUACCGCGGGGCCCCACCUGGCGGGUAAGAACCUCAGCCAAGCUCUAUGGACCAUGGAAAAAUGGCAGGAGUUUGGCGUGGAGGAUACCAGCCUUGCUACCUAUGAAAUCUAUUUGAAUUACCCCGUGGAUCACAGGUUGGCUUUGCUAAAGAAGUCGGACGAUCAAACAGAGGUAACCUUUGAGGCUACUUUGGAGGAAGAUGUGUUGGAGGAAGAUCCAACUUCAAGUCUCCCCGAUCGAGUUCCCGUCUUUCAUGGAUACUCAGCCAGUGGCAAUGUCACUGCCCAGUUUGUGUACGCCAACUUUGGCACCUACAAGGACUUUGAAGACCUCGUGAAUGCCAAUAUCACCCUAGAAGGCAACAUUGCGAUCGUCAAGUACGGCGGCAUAUUCCGUGGCCUCAAAGUCAAACGCGCACAGGAGCUCGGAAUGGUAGGCGUGGUUAUCUACUCGGAUCCGCAAGAGGACGGGGACAUCACCGAGCUUAAUGGGUAUGAGGCUUACCCCAACGGACCUGCCCGGAAUCCCAGUGCUGUUCAGAGGGGUAGUACACAGUUUUUAAGUAUCCUCCCAGGAGAUCCAACCACUCCGGGAUAUGCAUCCAAACCAGGUGUGGAGCGACAGGACCCACAAAACUCCAUUCCCUCCAUUCCAUCCCUUCCGAUCUCUUACAAAGAGGCUCUGCCAUUUUUGAAGGCUUUGAACGGUCACGGUCCCAAGGCAUCAGAGUUCAACAAGUAUUGGCAAGGCGGUGGUUUGGCACAUAAGGGUGUCGAAUAUAACAUUGGUCCUUCUCCGGCAGACGUCGUCAUCAACCUGAACAACGAACAGGAAUAUGUGACGACUCCACUGUGGAACGUCAUUGGCGUGAUCAAGGGAAGCAUUCCAGACGAAGUCAUUGUGUUGGGUAAUCACCGAGAUGCAUGGAUUGCAGGAGGUGCAGGAGACCCCAACAGCGGAUCCGCCGCUCUCAACGAGGUUAUCCGUAGCUUCGGCGAAGCUCUGAAGGCUGGAUGGAAACCGCUGCGAACAAUUGUGUUCGCAAGCUGGGAUGGCGAAGAAUAUGGCCUGCUUGGCUCCACAGAGUGGGUUGAAGACAACCUUCCCUGGCUCUCCAAGGCCAACGUCGCGUAUCUCAAUGUGGAUGUUGCUGCUGCUGGCACGGAGUUUGCUCCUCGAGCCGCACCCCUGCUAAACAAAUUGAUUUAUGAAGUCGCUGGCCUAGUGCAAUCUCCCAACCAGACCGUGGCCGGCCAAACCGUCCGUGAUGCUUGGAACGGGAAGAUUUCCACAAUGGGCAGUGGCAGUGAUUUCACCGCAUUCCAGGACUUUGCCGGUGUCGCCAGUCUAGACUUCGGGUUCGGUCGUGGUGAAAAGGACCCAGUCUAUCCCUAUCAUUCAAAUUACGACAGUUUCGCUUGGAUGGAGAAAUUUGGUGAUGCAGAUUGGAGCCACCACGUUGCGUGCACUAAACUGUGGGCACUGGCGGCGGCUCGCCUUGCUGACUCUCCUGUCAUCGCCUUCUCAGCCAACGACUACGCCAAGGGUCUAUAUUCGUACCUUCGUCGCAUUGAGCCGGUCGCAAAGCAACUUCCAACUGGGUCACGUUUCGAGUUUGCUCCUCUCGAUGUAGCGAUUGCCGAGUUCCAGUCGGCGGCGGAGGCUUUCGAUGCCCAUGCUGCUGACCUGACCGAGCAACUUGGAGAGCACGUGCCAUGGUACCACUGGUACAAGAAAAUCAGGUUGUAUUUCCAGAUUCGAGCUGUCAAUUUGAAAUACAAGGGGCUGGAGCGAGCAUUCUUGUACGAGCCGGGUCUUGACGGCCGUAACUGGUUCAAGCAUGUCGUUUUCGCCCCGGGUAUCUGGACUGGUUAUUCUGGCGCCACCUACCCUGGUAUCGUGGAAAGUCUAGAGGCUCAGGACGUGGCUAAUGCCGAGAAAUGGUCCAAGAUUAUCCAAGAGAGAAUCCAUUCGGCAACUUCGUUACUGGUUUGA